AUGCCCAAAGUAUACUUGCUGGACUAUGUUGCCGGCAAUGUUCGUAGCCUGGUCAACGCCAUCGAGAAGGUCGGUUUUGAAGUGGAAUGGGUCAAAACUCCAGAGGAGGUUGCCAAGGCAGAUAAAUUGAUUCUGCCGGGCGUAGGCCACUUUGGCCACUGCCUCUCCCAACUUUCCAAGGCUGGCUUCCUACCAGCCAUCCAGAAGCACAUUGCCGAUGGGAAGUCCUUCAUGGGAAUCUGUGUCGGCAUGCAAGCCAUAUUCUCCGGCUCGUCGGAAGACCCAGCAUGUCCCGGUCUUGGUCUGAUCAAGGGAUCGUUGGACCGCUUCAACGACAGUACCAAGGCCGUACCUCACAUCGGCUGGAACGAUGCUACCAUUACUACGACCACACAGCCAAAUAGCAGCAACGAGCCAUCGACGCUCCUUGACCUCCGUCCCUCCUCCAAGUACUACUACGUCCACUCGUAUAAAUACCCCUAUGUCCCCGGCGAGCUUGAAGCACAGGGAUGGACGGUAGCAACAGGAGUGUAUGGGGAAGAGACGUUUGUAGGUGCAGUCGCUCGCGGCAACGUCCUGGUCACGCAGUUCCAUCCCGAAAAGAGUGGCGUUGCCGGCCUGCGAGUCCUCCGAUCCUUUUUGGACCCCUCCGGCGCUGCCUCACUAGGAUCGGCUGUCGUCGCGCCACCAAACCCCGUCCCCGAAGGACUGACCCGCCGCGUGAUUGCAUGCCUUGACGUGCGCACCAACGACGCCGGUGACCUCGUCGUGACCAAGGGUGACCAGUACGACGUCCGUGAGAAGUCUUCCGACCGCGGCGUCCGCAACCUCGGCAAGCCGGUCGAUCUGGCCAAGAAGUACUACGAGCAGGGCGCCGACGAGGUCACCUUCCUCAACAUCACCUCCUUCCGCGACUGCCCCUUGGCCGACCUGCCCAUGCUGGAGGUCCUCCGCCUCACAUCCGAGACGGUAUUUGUGCCCCUGACCGUCGGCGGCGGCAUCCGCGACACGGUCGACGUCGACGGGACCAAGGUCUCCGCCCUCGACGUCGCGAGCAUGUACUUCCGCAGCGGCGCCGACAAGGUCAGCAUCGGGUCCGACGCCGUGACCGCGGCCGAGGAGUAUUACGCCGCCGGCAAGGUCCUGUCCGGCACCACCGCCAUCGAGCAGAUCAGCCGCGCGUACGGCAACCAGGCCGUCGUGGUGUCGGUCGACCCGAAGCGCGUCUACGUGGCCUCGCCCGAAGCCACGCGCCACGCCACCAUCCGCACCGCGUUCCCGGGUCCCGAGGGCGAGGGAUACUGCUGGUACGCGUGCACGGCCAAGGGCGGGCGCGAGACGCGCGACGUCGACGUGGUCGAGCUCACGCAGGCCGUCGAGGCCAUGGGCGCCGGCGAGAUCCUGCUCAACUGCAUCGACAAGGACGGAACCAACAGCGGCUUCGAUCUGGAGCUCAUCGCGCAGGUCAAGGCCGCCGUCAGGAUCCCCGUCAUCGCCAGCAGCGGAGCCGGCAACCCGGGUCACUUUGAGGAGGUGUUUGAAAAGACCACGACCGACGCCGCGCUCGGGGCUGGCAUCUUCCACCGCGGAGAGUACACCGUCACACAGGUCAAGGAUCACCUGGCGGCCAAGGGACUGCUGGUGAGACAAUUUGAAGGGGAGUUGUGA